CGGGUUCUCUCCUUUCCUCCCUCCCCCGAGAAAGAAAGCAGACAGAGUAAUAGAAAAGCCAGCCUCUGGGCUGUCCACUUUAUACACAGUUCUGGGGUCGUCGUACGCGGCCAAGCCUCCAGCAAAAAGCUUCUCCAAAACUCUUCUCCCCAUUAUUUAUUAAAGCCUUGCUCCCCCAGUUUAUUUGUUCCUCUUCAAAGCAACCUACGAGGCCAACCUCUCCUCCCUUUCGUCCUGUUCCUAUCUACUCUCUGCUCUCCUUUUAGAGGCGGCCUUGGUGAUGGGUAGAGCUCCGUGCUGUGACAAGACAAAUGUGAAGAGGGGGCCAUGGUCUCCAGAGGAAGACAUGGCUCUCAAGAGCUAUCUUGAGAGACAUGGAACUGGUGGCAACUGGAUCGCUUUGCCCCAGAAAGCAGGGUUGAAACGUUGCGGAAAAAGCUGUCGCUUGAGAUGGCUCAAUUACCUCAGGCCAGACAUCAAACAUGGAGGCUUUACCGAGGAAGAAGAUAACAUCAUUUGCACUCUCUACAAUAAAAUAGGAAGCAGGUGGUCCGUCAUAGCAACCCAAUUGCCUGGAAGAACCGAUAAUGAUGUCAAAAACUACUGGAACACCAAGUUAAAGAAGAAGAUGAUGGCAGCACAAGCAUCCCUCUACAGCAACAUCACCUCCUCCUCCUCCUCCUCCUCCGCCACCACCACCACCACCACCACCAAUACCAAUCUCAUUCAUCAGACAGCUUCACCAGCACCAGCGCCUGCUUCUCUUAUCAUCCCAACCAUCAAAACCGAGACCUACACCUGUGAUGACUUCUUGGCUCCUUCAAACGAAGGCUCCCCCGCAUCAGUUCCGGUAAACCCCAGCUUCAUGUUUGGCCACAAGACACCAUUUUUUCCACUUGCGGGGCUCGUCGGACCUCCCGGUCUCAAAGGGAGUGCCAACCUCCAUGCCGUUUCACCGCAUGAUGAUGCCUCCACGGCUUCCUCCUCGGUUACCAUGGAGAACAGCAGCAACAACUAUGCCAAGUACUGCUCGGCUGACGGGCCCGGCGGGGAUGAUGCCUUCUUCGCCGAAUUCUUCAAUGACUAUUACGGUUAUCAGGAGAAGACUGGGGAGGGCGCUCCCAAUCAAGCUGCACUGGCCGACAAGUGGAUCACUUUCUGACACCAAGCCACUACAGGUCGCAUACUCGUAGCAAACCCUUAGAAGAAGUCAUUAAUUAGAGAACAGACAGGAGAUUAACAUCAUCAGCAACAAUAGAAGCUUUUGUUUCUAGAUUGGACCAUCUCUCCUUUUUCUUUAAUCUUCACCUGGCUACUGAUAUGGACAGUACGUUCAUAUCUUGAUGUACAUGAUGAACAGGGGAUGCUGGAUCUUAAUGUUUUUUAUGCAGUUACUAACGCUA